UGCCCGAACUGCAUCCUUACGGUACGCUUAGGCCUGGAAAGAGCGCGCGGCGGAUAACCGAGCGCAGGUCGCAACCAUGUCUGGCUGUCACGCUCAGAGAGACUGUUGCUCGCGGCCGUGCAGCGUGCAGGACAAGGAACACCCCAGAUUCCUGAUCCCAGAACUUUGCAAACAGUUUUACCAUCUGGGCUGGGUCACCGGCACCGGAGGAGGAAUUAGCUUGAAGCAUGGCAAUGAAAUCUACAUUGCUCCCUCAGGAGUGCAAAAGGAACGCAUUCAGCCAGAAGAUAUGUUUGUUUGUGACAUCAAUGAACAGGACAUAAGUGGACCUCCAGCAUCUAAGAUGCUCAGAAAAAGCCAAUGUACUCCUCUCUUCAUGAACGCCUAUACCAUGAGAGGAGCAGGCGCAGUGAUCCAUACCCACUCUAAAGCUGCUGUUUUGGCCACCCUCCUGUUUCCAGGACAGGAGUUUAAAAUUACACAUCAAGAAAUGAUCAAAGGAAUAAGGAAAUGUACCUCAGGAGGGUAUUACAGGUAUGAUGACAUAUUAGUGGUACCCAUUAUUGAGAACACUCCUGAAGAGAAAGACCUCAAAGAACGAAUGGCUCGUGCAAUGGACUGUUAUGACUACCUGUUUGACAUUGCUGUCUCUAUGAAGAAGAUGGGAAUGGAUCCAACGCAGUUCCCAGUCGGAGAAAAUGGAAUUGUGUGAGCCAAGUGGAUGUCUAAGUAUCUUCAAGGAUAAAACAAACUUAAUUACGCCUUAAAUAAAACUUGACU